GUCUCGCGAACAACAGCGAUGUGCUUUUGUUUGCCGAUAACGUCACGCAGUUCGUAAGAAUCUAGCUUAUACAUGGCGGAUAUAAACGGGACAUUCCAUAACGAGCAAAAUGAGGUUUCUCUAAUGGGUGGAUGUCAGUCGAAAACGGAGCACGAUUGCGUUAUUGGGUCGAGAUCUGAUAUGGAUUCGGAUGAAAGUGAAAACGAAGAAACACACUGCGUAGAGAAUGAAGAUAUGAAAAAACGUAUGAAGGAGAGUUUGUUUAAAGCCAUUGAACAAUCGGAUUGUGGUAGACUACGUCAACUUUUACUGGAAGCCCAUGACCUUGGACUUGACAUUAACUGUCAAAAUACCGAUCGACCUAGUUGUGAUUAUGCUCGUGGAAACUCUCUACUGCACGAUGCAGCUUCCAAGGGACAUUAUGAACUAUGUGAGAUUUUACUCAAAAGUGGAGCAUCUGUGAACUUGCAAAAUACGGAUGGAUUCACAGCUCUACAUAAAGCUAAAUCACUUAGGAUCUGUAAAUUAUUGUCCAAAUACGGAGCCGAUUUUGACGCUGCGACAAAGCGGAGAGAAACUGUUCUUCACUACGCUGCUGAUGCACAAAUUGCCAACUACUACAUUAGCAGGGGCCUUAAAGUAACGGAAAAGCAAGCUGUAAGUAUAUGA